AUGUGGCCGGUUGGCCCAUACGGCCCAACAACCCAAUUAUCCCCUGCGUGUGCGUCGCCCUGACACUACCGCGCCGCCGCGACGCCCGCCGGCCGGCGACGAGCCUCCGUGCCAGCUGAGAGAAACAGACGAGCAGGGUCCAGAAAUGUCAGCUCAGCCUCAGAGAAACAGGGCCCCCGCGACCCACCCGUGCGCUGGCUCGCUGGCACCGCGCGUCCCACGCCACCUCCGCACAGCCGCCGCGCUCGCGGCCGCGGUGCAGGGCCUCAUCGACGCGUCCCCGCCGCGGGCCGAGGCGCAGACGCUCCACGCGCAGCUCCUCGCGUCAGGCCUUACGGGAAGCGCUGACCUCUCCGUCAAGCUCCUCGUGCUGCACCUCCGGUGCGGCUCCCUCCACAACGCCCGCGCCGUGUUCGACGGGAUGCGGACCCCGACCCGCGCCGCGCACAACUACCUCGUCGCGGGAUACUUCCGGCGGGGCCGCCCCGCGGAGGCGCUCGGGGUCGUGCGGCGGCUCGCGGCGUCCACGGGGCGGCUGGACGUCUUCGCCCUGUCUAUGGCGCUGAAGCUGUCCGCGGCGCUGGCUCUGCCGGGCGUCGUGGCCAGGGAGGUCCACGCGCGCGUGCUGAGGUCCGUCGCACAGUCCGACGAGAUCCUGUUCGCGGCCCUGGUGGACGCCUACGUGAAGAGCGGGUCGCUUGCGUACGCACGCCGGGUGCACGGCGCCAUGCCCGUGCGGAGCGUGGUGUGCUCCACGGCCCUGGUCGUCGGGUGCAUGAAUGAAGGCCUGUUCGAGGACGCCGAGGCGAUAUUCGAGGAGAUGGAGGGGAAGGACGUCGUCGCAUACAACGCCAUGGUGGAAGGGUACAGCAAGACAGAGGAUACGGCAGAGGGCUCGCUUGAGGUGUUCAAGGCGAUGCAGCAAGCAGGGUUUCGGCCCACGGUAUCGACAUUUGUGAGCGUGCUCGGGGCCUGCUCACUCUUGUCUUCGCCAGAGCUUGGCGAGCAGGUGCAUUGCCAGGGGAUGAAGAGCGGCCUAGUCUUGGACAUCAAAGUUGGAAGUGCUCUGGUAGACAUGUAUGCCAAGUGUGGCCGGGUGGAAGACGGCCGUAGGAUCUUCAACCAGAUGCCAGAGAGGAAUGUGAUCACCUGGACUUCGAUGAUCGACGGGUAUGGGAAGAACGGCCUCUCUGAGGAGGCCCUUCAGCUGUUCGCCGAAAUGCGAGAGCGGCGAGAUGUGAGGCCGAACCACGCCACCUUCUUGAGCAUUCUGUCAGCGUGUGCACACGCUGGGCUGCUGUCUCAGGGCCAGGAGGCUUUCCAGAGCAUGGAGAGUGAGUACUUGCUGCAGCCACGGAUGGAACACUAUGCUUGCAUGGUGGACUUGCUGGGUAGAUUCGGAAGCGUGCGGCAGGCCUAUGAUUUCGUCAGAGGUAUACCAGUGAGGCCAAACUCUGAUGUGUGGACCGCGUUGCUUGGGGCGGCUACACUGCACGGGGAUAUGGACAUGGCCAACAUUGCAUCAAGGGAGGUCUUUGAGCUGAGCCGCAAGGGGAGACCAGGUGCCUACAUGGCGUUUUCCAACACACUUGCAGCAGCUGGGAAGUGGGAAGGCGUGCACGAUGUUAGGGAGAUGAUGAAACAACGAGGCGUGCUGAAAGACACUGCCUGCAGCUGGGUCGGCUCUGAGAACCCGCCGCUUGUCGACUGAUGUACAGGAACGAUCAUGGUUGAUAUAGUCAGAGUGAACGCAGACACAAGGCACCAGAGAAUCAGAACAGUGCCUUUGAAAGAAAAAGCAAGAACCGGAACAGUCCCUUUGAAAGAAAAAGAGAGAACCAGAACAACAUUUAUGAAGCAUGACAAGUUGUCCAGUUCUAAUUAUCAGAAUAUAUUCAGUUUUCAUUUAUCGAACGCUGCAUUCGAUUGGGACACCGACAAUCAAAGUCAGUGAAAUGUCUUUUCUGGAUUACAAAAGUCGACAAGCAGCACAUAUAUUAGACAACAAAGAAGUGGAGACUGAGCAGCCAGCGAUUCAAAGUGCUUGCUGCUGUCCGCGUUCAUUGAGGGUGCUGCUGGCCUGCUGCAUGCCCACGUCCAACUGCCUGCCCUCGAUUAACCGUGGCCGUUGAGGCCGCUGCGUCACUCCCACCCGUUGCCCUUGAGAAACAGUCUCCACUUCACCAAAGCCUGCAGCGCCCAACAUCAAUUAACCAUCAGUAGGUUCAGGCUCGAAUCGUCUUUUACCUUUUCCUUUUUUGGUUCUUGCACAAAAUAGUUAGAAUGGUGGACCCAUGUUGUCCAAUUGUUUCCUCAUAGAGGUUAAUGUAAAUAUGUUGAUCGCAAUGGUGGAUGGGGUGGCAUAUUUUGUCUUCUGUUGACCAAGAAUAAUUCUUCAUGUUUUGCAUUAGGAAUGAACGAAUAAGGAGUUGGAAAUGCAAAACAUUUGAGCAGUAGAAAACAAAUUGAGUGCAGUGAUAUUUUUCUUUGAUGGAUUAAUUUAGUCAUGAAUACACGGCAUUUUGCCUACUUUUGGGA